AUGUCGCAAGAUACGGGAUUGUUUAGUAUCAAGCGUCCCCGCGAGACGCUUGGUAGUGUUCAGAAUUACUCGUCUAUUCCGCAACCCGCAUCGGCCAUGAAGCGCACCAGUUCUAUUGGAUUCAACAACCCCCCAUUCACAUCUGGACACACUCGGAAUUCCUUGCUGAGCUCGGCCAGCCGACCCCAGCAACCAAACUUCAUGCGCGCAUCUUCCGGCGGUCCAUACGGCGCAGAUGCCGGUCUUUCAUCUGUUCGCCGAUCUGUCUCGAGUAAUAUGUUCCAUGGUGCCAGUGCUGGUCGCCAGAGCUAUGCGCCCGGAUCCCUGCCAUCCGCCCCCGCGUCGCAAAACAUGCAGCGCAGGAGCAGUGUAUUUUCGCGGCCCUCAAUGGCCGGGCCCAUGUCACAUCAAUCAUUCUUUACCCAAGUGCCCUCAGCAGCGGGAGUCCCAAGAGACCCGCGACCACUCAGGGACCGGUCCUUCCAAGCUCGUAUUGGGCAGGAGCUGUUGGAGUACUUGACCAACAACAAGUUUGAGCUGGAAAUGAAGCACUCCCUGGGCCAGAACACCCUUCGUUCACCAACCCAAAAAGACUUCAACUACAUCUUCCAGUGGCUCUAUCAUCGUAUUGAUCCGGGCUACAAGUUCCAAAAGGCCAUGGAUGCGGAGGUUCCCCCGAUCCUCAAGCAGCUGCGCUACCCCUACGAAAAAGGCAUCACUAAAUCCCAAAUUGCAGCCGUUGGUGGCCAAAAUUGGUCUACUUUCCUCGGUAUGCUACACUGGCUGAUGCAGCUGGCUCAGAUGAUGGAUCGCUACCAUGAGGGAGAGUACGACGAAGCGUGUGCCGAGGCAGGUCUUGAUAUUAUUGGCGAUCGCAUCAUCUUCCGCUUCCUUACUGGAGCCUACCAUGACUGGCUACAGGGAGGCGAGGAUGAGGAUGAUGAAACCGCAGAACAGCGACUGGUUCCUCACAUUGAGAACAUGUCACAGGAGUUUGCUCGUGGUAAUGAGCGUUAUGUACAGGAGAUGGAGGCCUUGGAGACCGAGAACCAGGCUCUCCGUGAGCAAAUAGAUGAGUUGGAGAAGAAUGCGCCUGACCUGGCCAAGCUGGACAAACACUUCAGAAUCUUGGAAGACGACAAACGCAAAUUUGAAGACUACAAUCAAAAUGUACAGGGAAAGAUCGACAAGUACGAAACACGCAACAACUUCCUUGACAGUGAAAUCCAGAAAACGGACGUGGAGCUGCAUACAGCGGAGACUGAGCGUGCCGAGCUUCAAGCUAGUGUCGACCGCCAGGGCAUCACCAUUCAGGAUAUUGACCGUAUGAAUACGGAACGAGAACGCCUCCAGAGGAGCCUCGAUGAUACUUUGGCCCGCCUAGAAGAGACCCACGCUCGUGUAAUGGCGAAGGAAGCAGAGGCCAGCCAGAAACUCGAAGACCUUGAGCACAUUGUGAAGACAUACAACACUCUGGGUUAUCAAAAUAGUCUGAUUCCGCAGUCGGCCGAAAACGCUAAAGGCGAAGACUAUGAGCUCACGCUCAAUGUUAAUGAGAACAAUUUCUCAGCAAGCCAGAUCGGCGGUCCGUCCAACCGUAUUUCUUCGGACGGUGACCGGUUGUUGGCAGAUCCUUUUACCGGCUAUCAUCCCGCGCAUCUUCUGAAUCUGGACCUUCGCGGCUCGAUUCGCAAUAGCCUCCAGUCUCUCCGGAAGGAAAUUAAUGAACGACGAAAGCGUGGUGUUGACGAGGACCUGGAGCGACGCAAUCUACUCGACAAUAUCAAGGAGGCGAUGGAUGAAAAGAGAAGCGAAGUCGAGGCCCUGGAGCACCGACGGCGUGCAGCCGACGAAGAGUUUGAACGCACCAAGGAAAUCACUACUACUCAGAAAUUGGCAUCAGAUGCCCAGAUUGAGAAGAUGGAGAAAGAGCUAGCCAAGAUGCGUGCAACUCUUAGUGAUAGUGUGCAGCUAAUGGAGCAACGCGAGAUGAACACCAACAUCGAGUAUGAGCAACUGACGCUCCGGGCAAAUUCACUCCGGGAGGAACUGCAUACCAACGUUGAGACAAUGCUCAACGACGUCAUCCGAUUCAAAGUGCACGUUCAGAAAGGUCUAGAAGAUUACGAGAGCUUUGUUGUUGAUGAGGUCGAGCAGGAGCUUGGAGGAGACGUCCUAGCCGCCGAGGAAGAGCUAUGA